AUGGCAAUUAUUUUAUGGGAUGACCAUGCUACAGUGUGGUCCAAGAUGAAAAAAGCUGCACGGUCCAUUACUGCCACCAAGUUUGACAUCCUACCAUCAGACAUUGACGAUGAUGAUGAGUUUGAAGACUAUGUCAGUCAACGAGUCAUGGAGUUAUUGGAUGGAGGCUAUUUCUUGCAGAAUGGUGUCAACAAACAGGGGAGGAUCAACAACCUCACCUAUGACACACUUGGUGAGUUGUGCAAUACCAUUUUCUAUAAGGGUGACAAUGCACUUGCAAAGGUCUUCCCAAAUGUAUUUGCUGAGGCUGUUCCUGAGGGUGCCAUGCUUGCUGCAGCCAUUGAUGAGUACAAGACUGGGGUCUAUCUGCUGACAAAAUUUGCUGUUGACUUGUAUCAACCUAUCUAUGAGGAUGUCAUUGAACUCUACAGGACAGUGAGCGGUGACCAUUAUCACUCAAAGAAAUAUGAAGUGGUUCAUUAG